AUGGUCAGCAUUCCUGAUUGGUCAAAGUUUGCUCGGGUGCAGGAGGGUCUCAAGGAUUCCCGUAAUGUGCACCUGAACAAAUACUACAAACAGCGGGAGGAGGAAGCCAUCCGCCAGGCUGAGGAGCGAGGGUACUUCAGGGUUCCCACACAAACCUAUCUUCUUGAGGAAAAUGAUUUCCGUAAUGGCAGGAAAGUGCAUGAACUUGGCCAGCUACAGCUGGUGAAACUGGUUGGAGUACACCUUCGGAAGAUUGGUGACAUCGCUUACUGUGUAAAUCUGCGUAUCUGUAUCCUCAACAAUAACUUCCUCACUAAGAUCGACGACCUUGCAUCAUGUCGCCAACUAGUCAAACUUGAUCUGCGUAGUAACCAGCUCAGCAGUAUCCCCGGAGUGGCAUUCUGGUCUGGAAUGAGGAAGCUAAAAAUUAUACAUCUCCAUGACAACCCACUUGGAAAGUACGAAACAUUACAAAACUUGGCAACAUGUCCGUCACUGAUGGCGCUUACUCUGUAUGACACACCACUCAGUCUGAAACGAAACUAUCGACACCAUGUUGUCAACAGUAUCUGGUCACUCAAGGCUUUAGACCACCAUGUUAUAUCUGAUGAAGAAAUCAUCGAGGAUGCCAUCUUUGGUGGAAGGUUCGGAACACUACAUCCAGCUUUCAGGACUGAUCUAUGCCCCCCUACAUUGGAGGACUCCGACUUCCAAGAGGAGUUGUAUACUGUUUAUCUAGUGGAGGCCUACAUCAAUCAUAUCCAGGCACACCAUUCUCCCGUCCUCAUCAUACAGCGCUUCAUGAGAGGUUAUCUCACUAGGAAAAGAUUUGGACACCUUGGACAGAAGCUCAGUCAGUUGAAGCAAAGUGGUGACCUGUCAUUGAUUCCGUCAGAGCUGAUCCCCCCACCCCCAAGCUCCUCCCCAGCGUUUGGUGCCAGUGCCAGCGGCCAGGAGGUAACCGUACCUGGAAGUUUAAGCAUGGACUAUGAUUCUUAUAUAAAAAGCCGUCAACCUGACACUUCACCAGCGCCACCUAGUGAAGGAACAAUCACAUCUGUUGCAAAACCUACAACCUCAGAGAGUGUAGAUGAGCCGCACCCAACACCAUUAGAGGGUCAGACACCAGUCCAGGAUGAUGAUAUUGGCACACCAAAAAAACGGAAAAAUCUUCUUAUCAACCUCGCAAAGCUUCAAACAGGAACAUUUUCAAGUUUGUACGAUGAAGGUAUUGCUGUAGAGACAAUCUUGCCUGAAAACUCACGUGAGAAGCUUACAACUGCAACUGAAAAGAAAUCACGUCGCAAGAAAAGGAAAGAAAAUCCAAAGAAAGUGGUCAAAAGUGUUAAACAGUUUUUUGGCCCUAUUGUUGAGUCAUCCCCAGCCCAAGAAGAAUCUCCAAGGGAGGAGGAAGAUGACACACAAAUCACAGAGUACCGUCUGAGGGGAAUUAAACCUGAUGUCAUGUACCUUGAUGCCACAACAGAAAUGAUUCUGUCAAAGCAGGAAGCAGGUCGUCUAGUAAGGGAUGCAGAGGAUGAAAUUCACAUGAGAGCAAGGGAUCUACCCAAACCCAAAAUCACUCCUCGCAAGUCUGUCAACACUAACCAACGCAUGUUUGCUCGUGUGCACGGCACCAUGGGAAUCUCCAGCUUGUUGGCUGUCCAUCAAGCAUAUCGUGAUCGGGAAAAAGCUGAACAGACUGCAGCCAAAAUGGAACACAUACUUACAAUGCGCGAUGAACGUGAUAGGGCAAAGGAGAGAAUACGUCUUCAUAAUGAUGAGAAACGUAAUAUGGCUCUGCGAAAGCGUGAUGCUGAACGAAGCCAGAUGCUGGAAAUUCUGGAGAAGAAGGAGAUGAAAAGACUAAGUUACUUGGAGAAACGUACGGAUUUGAAGGCAAAGUCUUCAGACUAUAAUAGAUCUUACAAAACAGACUUCGCUUUUAUCACUGAAUUCAACAAUCAGCAUACAUCCGUGUCAAAUGCUCUGAUGCGACAUGACAAGCAAGCCCGCACUGAGGAUCACAUCAAUCUGAAGACAGACAUGGUUCAGACACAUAACACUGCCAAGGUGGAGCAGCAGGAACUUGUAAAGAAAUACAUGGAGCACCGUCAACUGAUGAGGCAGACUGAAGCAGCUAUGGCUCGGGCCACACUGGAUACACGUAUGUUACAGGAAGCCAAUGACCGUCUUUUCGAAGCCAAAUCUCGUGUGGCCCAACAAAAAGCACGUAGAGAGACUGUACAAACUUUCUACCCCCUCCCACAACAUGUUACUCCAGCCCCUGGGGCCAGCAACACUGAGCUCCCUGCUGUUAGCCCAGGGGCUACGCGAUUUGAGGCAAAUAUCAUUAUGAAUCAGGGCCGUGUGGGUAAGCACCCCACUUUACUCACAUGAGCAUAACUCCAGUAGCAGGUU